UUCGUACCGUUCGCUUCGCAGCGGCGGAAAUACCAAGUAUCUUGCAGAUACAGAUACUUCUCGAGACCCGAAGACGAGAAUCUCAAUACAAAACCCAAACAAAUCGAAACAUAUUCAAAUACAAUUAUUUUUUUUUUGGUGCAAACGCAAGCCAAAAAAUACAUUUUGGUGUGGAUUACCAGUGGAAAAGUGAGUGCUAAAAAUGGAUUAAAUAAAAAUAAAAAAAAAACAGCCCAAACAAAACCAAACAAGCUGAAAAUUAUAACUCAACGAUUAUGGAUUAGUGCCUGUGAUUGUUCAGAAUCGGUUGAAAAAUAUAAAUAUACACAGUUUAUAGAACUAAGGAGCCCGAGAUAAAUAUAAUAUAUAAAUAUAAAUAUCUCAAGGCCCCAAGACAAACAAACUGAAAGGCGGAGAGAGAGGAAAAGGAAAAGUGAGAAAGUGACACUUGAGACUUGUGUUCUCCCAUUAAAAAGGUGUUGAAGCACCAUGUUGCAGACGAUGCAGCUGCUCCUGCUGGCCACCUUGGUGGGGAUGGGGAUGGUCGGGAGCUCGCCGUAUACGAGCUACCAGAACCAGCGGUUCGCCAUGGAGCCGCAGGACCAGACGGCGGUGGUCGGGGCCAGGGUCACAUUGCCCUGCCGGGUGAUCAACAAACAGGGAACGCUGCAGUGGACCAAGGACGACUUCGGACUGGGCACAUCCCGGGAUCUCAGCGGAUUCGAGCGGUACGCGAUGGUGGGCAGCGACGAGGAGGGCGACUACUCGCUGGACAUUUACCCCGUGAUGCUCGAUGACGAUGCGCGUUAUCAGUGCCAAGUGAGUCCGGGUCCCGAGGCCCAGCCGGCCAUCAGGUCCACCUUCGCCGGACUGACGGUGCUCGUGCCGCCCGAGGCGCCCAAAAUCACGCAGGGCGACGUCAUCUUUGCCACCGAGGACCGCAAGGUGGAGAUCGAGUGCGUUUCGGUUGGCGGAAAGCCGGCUGCAGAGAUUACCUGGAUUGAUGGCCUCGGCACCGUGCUAACGGAUAACAUUGAGUACACGGUGAUACCGCUGCCCGAUCAGCGGCGCUUUACGGCCAAGUCCGUCCUGCGGCUGACCCCCAAAAAGGAGCACCACAACACGAACUUCACCUGCCAGGCGCAGAAUACGGCGGACCGCACCUAUCGCUCGGCGAAAAUACGUGUCGAGGUUAAAUACGCGCCCAAGGUGAAGGUGAACGUGAUGGGUUCGCUGCCCGGUGGAGCAGGAGCGUCCCUCGGAGGCGCAAGCGGCGGUUCGCAUUUGGGCACCGGUUACCGGAUUGUGGAGCACUCGCAGGUGCGACUGGAGUGCCGGGCAGAUGCGAAUCCCAGCGAUGUCCGGUACCGCUGGUUCAUAAACGACGAGCCGAUCAUCGGCGGCCAGAAGACAGAGAUGGUGAUUCGCAAUGUGACGCGCAAGUUCCACGACGCGAUUGUCAAGUGCGAGGUGCAGAAUUCCGUGGGCAAAAGUGAGGACAGCGAGACCCUUGAUAUAAGCUAUGCUCCCAGCUUCCGGCAGCGACCUCAGUCGAUGGAGGCAGACGUAGGCAGUGUGGUGUCCCUCAGCUGCGAGGUGGACAGCAAUCCGCAGCCGGAGAUCGUGUGGAUCCAGCAUCCCAGCGACCGGGUGGUCGGCACCAGCACCAAUCUCACAUUCAGUGUGAGCAACGAGACGGCCGGUCGGUACUACUGCAAGGCUAAUGUUCCCGGCUACGCCGAGAUAUCGGCGGAUGCCUAUGUCUACCUAAAGGGAUCCCCAGCCAUCGGCUCCCAGAGGACGCAGUACGGAUUGGUGGGCGACACGGCCAGGAUCGAGUGCUUUGCGAGCAGUGUACCCCGUGCCCGCCACGUCUCGUGGACCUUCAAUGGCCAGGAAAUCAGCUCGGAAUCGGGACACGACUACUCCAUCCUGGUGGACGCAGUUCCCGGUGGCGUUAAGAGCACCCUGAUCAUCCGGGACAGCCAGGCCUAUCACUAUGGAAAGUACAACUGCACGGUGGUCAACGAUUAUGGCAACGAUGUGGCGGAGAUUCAGUUGCAGGCAAAGAAGAGCGUCUCCCUGCUGAUGACGAUUGUGGGCGGCAUCUCGGUGGUGGCCUUCCUGCUGGUGCUCACCAUCCUGGUGGUGGUCUACAUCAAGUGCAAGAAGCGCACCAAGCUGCCGCCGGCGGACGUGAUAAGCGAGCACCAGAUCACGAAGAACGGCGGCGUGAGCUGCAAGCUGGAGGCGGGCGACCGGACCUCGAACUACAGCGACUUGAAGGUGGACAUCUCGGGCGGCUACGUGCCCUACGGCGACUACAGCACCCACUACAGUCCGCCGCCGCAGUAUCUGACCACCUGCUCUACGAAGUCGAACGGCAGCUCGACCAUCCUGCAGAACAACCACCAGAACCAGCUGCAGUUGCAGCAGCAGCAGCAGCAGCAGCAGGGCCACCAGCACCACCACCAGCACCACCAGCCGACGACGACCCUGCCGAUGACCUUCCUGACCAGCAGCGGCGGCGGCAGCCUGACGGGCAGCAUCAUCGGCUCGCGGGAGAUCCGCCAGGACAACGGGCUGCCCAGCCUGCAGUCGACCACCGCCUCGGUGGUGAGCUCCUCGCCGAACGGCAGCUGCAGCAACCAGAGCACCGCCAACGGGGCCUCCGCCACCACCACCACCACCCACGUGGUGGUGCCCGCCAGCUCGAUGGCCUUGAGCGUGGAUCCCCGCUACAGCGCCAUCUACGGCAAUCCCUACCUGCGCUCCUCCAACUCCUCGCUGCUGCCGCCGCCCACCGCCGUUUAGGGUGGACCAGCGAGGCCACCAGCAGCACUGCCAACAACGACGACGACGACCCACUGAGCCACGCCAAGACUGAUCUCACAAGGAACCGGGGCCGCUUUAGGGGGGAUUCACUGUUGGUGGUGCGUUCUUUCAGCUACCAAAAAUUCGAAUUGCUUAGGUUUAGGCACUUAGCUCACACACAUCUGAUUAUAUAGACGUAAUCGACGUAGCAUCAUCAUUUCUUUAGUCCUUAGAUCUAGGCUACUCUAUUUUUUUUUCAUUCGUAUUUGUCGUUUUUGUGUUCUUAGCUUAAGGGUCUUGUAGUAGGCUAAUACCCAGUUCGAUCUAGAGAGAGACUAAGCUUCAAAGAAUGAGUGUUAAGCAUUUACAGAACAAAAACUUAAAAAGAUUAGAGAGUUUUACUGCUUGUUGAGAAAACGCCUUAAUGUAAUGGUUAACUGAUUGGUGAUUUAACCUCCAGUUAAAAAAUUGGGUUUUUGGGGCAGCGAGAACCGUUUUGAACUUGUUCUCAGCAUUUGAUUUUUUUCUACUUAAUCUAUUGUUAAACUCUUUAAUAUUUAAAUUUGUUCCCCCCUCUAACUUAACCUUUAUUAUUAUUAUUUAUUAUUUAGGGGGCUACCCUAAACUUUUUCUUUCCUUAACCUUGCAACUGCCCCCGAAACCCCCGAAAAAAAUAUAGAAAUGAAAGGAAAAACAAAUUCAAUUAUGUAUACACAGACAUAGUAUAUAGUAUAUGCUAAACGUUAAAGAAUCUAUAUACAAGCAUAAAGACAUUCAGUUGAAUGGUUAGCGAGUAAGCAAACGAAAUGCCAAAGUACCUGAUAGUAUUUAAGUCGGGGGUGGACAGCCCUUCAGAUCGGUGCCACGCCCCCCCAUCAACUUCUUCUGAAUUAUGUAGCAUUAUCUUUUCUCGCCCCGAAACUCUAAGCUAGAACUUAGACUUCGAUAGUGCGUUUUACGGUUAAAUAAAUAUAGAAGCUAGAUCUUGACAGUCGCCUUAACUUAUGACACGCCCAUACAUCUCAAAACGCCCAUGAAAAUAAUAGAAAAAAAGGACAAAAAAAAAAACAAAAAAGAGA